AUGUCCCGAAAUUCUCCUACUGACAGUGAAAAAACUUUGCCAAGGUCAGGGCGAAUGAUCAGAACCCCAACACGUACUCCUCAGCUUGUCAGUAUUAACAGCGCGGCCAGUGGAACCAGUGCUAUCAGCAGCCGUAGGAAGACUAUUCCAAAAAACUCAGGCAGAUCUGCUCGGGAAACAAGGAACCCGUCGAAUAUUAGUGAUGAUUCUAGAGAACUUCUCCCUCCAGUUCCCAUAUACCCAAAGGAUCGUAUAUAUGAUGCGUACAAUACACCUGAUUGGGAUCGUUUCAAAUCUUGUCCUUUUGGUGUUCAUCAAGAGUUGAAAGUUGGCGACUAUGUAAAAUUCAAUUUUGAGGAACCCGAGUCGAGCGAGAUUGGAACUUUUCACGGGUGUAUUAUCGAAAUUCGCGCUCAACAGUGGACCAGCCCUUCAGUGCAAAACUUCCGUGCUUUAGUCUCGACGCUUUCAAAUGAGCCUCUUCCAUCAUUGGCUGCAAGAGAUCAAAAACUUUUUGACGAUGUCAAACGAGAGCAAACCAGUGUUAGCCGGCAGGUUUUCGGCACUAGCAUGGCAGCAUGGGUGGAUCCUGGAGCAGUUUUGAAAAAAAUGGAUGUCGCCAUCAUCAAGACGAACAUUGAACCACCACCUUCUGGGCUCUUCUUCGAUCACAUUUACUACGUUGGUGGCGAUACAGAGCACAGUUUCAUGAUACCUGCAAUCAGUGAGAAGAACGAACUGCUUUGGCCAUUCAAGAUGAUUGGUAUCCAUGAUUGGUAUGGAAGGUCACGACGUCAACCGUCUUCGUGCUUGCAAAACUGGAACGAAGAAAUUUUUGAUCGCUUUGAUCCCAUGCUCAACAAGGGCGACGACUUGAGAAAUGAACACGCUGGACAGUCAGCCUCAACAUUCGUUGCUCCCCUAACAAGGUCGAACCCAGAUGACAGUGGAGCAGCAAACAAUGUGUCGCAGAGUUUCCAAGAACCCGACCUUAUAGAGUCGAGUGUCUCCUUAAAUUCUUCGCCAGAAAGAGUCGCAAGCUCGCUUGCAUCAACCAUGGAGAUGAGUUCUUCAUCAUUUAAAGGAGCGCAAACACUAUCAGAGAUGAAUCCGAUUUUCCAGACUAAGUCACCGUCACAGGCGCAGGCUACCUUGAACAUCUCUGAAGACAAAUCAAAUGAGGAUCUCCCUCAAAUGACAGCCGAUGGUCCUUCGAGUCUACAAUCUCAAGUCUUUGGUCAGAAAAUGGGGACAGUUGAUGCAUCCAGUUUCGUAAUGCCCAUAAUGGAAGCCGAGAUCGAUUCAAAUUUUGAUCUGGUAUACCCUGACAAUCGAAGUCCCCUGAUCGAAAUCUUGUAG